AGAAACCAGAGACGUCAACAUCGACCGAGUCAUAGUACAUCAGAAGUUGACAUUUCGUCAUGAUAACGGUAGUGUUGCCUGCUGUCAACAACAAACAUUGAUGGUUUCCGCGUUCAAAUAAACUGGCAAAGGAUGGUGGGGUCUCGACCCGGGAGCCGGGCUACUCUGGUUCACAGUUUGGCCACACUCCUACGGAAUGAUGGUGACUCCGUCCUGGCAGGCAGCAGCACCUUGACCCUCCAGACCAGCAGUCUGCAGCACCUGACCUGUCUGUUUGAGCAGUACCUGCUCUCUAGGACCCAGCAGCAUGGUUUCCUGGCCCUACCCUCCCACCCUGCAGACACAGACUCCCUCCUGCAACUGCAGUUUCUGUUCGACGUGCUGCAGAAAACCGUCUCCCUGAAACUCAUCAACACCCCUGGGACAAGGCUGCAGUCUGUGGUGAAAAUCUUCCCCUUCAAGUCUCUCAAGCACUUAGAGUUGAAGCGUGUUCCCCCUCACUGUCUGGAGGGGCUGAGGGGAGUCUACUCUCAGCUGGGGGUUUUCACCUGCUCGAAGAGCCUCAGCUCUCUGGAGGAACUGCUGUCUCUAUGUGGCGGUGACCUCAGCUCUGCACUGCCAUGGCUGGAGCUGCACACACUCAACUUCAGCUACAACUCCAUCGUCUGUCUGGACGAGUCCCUGAGUCUGUUGAAUGUUCUCAAGUACCUGGACCUGAGCCACAACAAGAUCCAGGAAUGUGCGGAGUUCCUCAAGCCCCUCAGUGAGUUGGAGCAUCUGAACCUGGGCUAUAACUGCCUCCAGAGGACACCUGUGCUGGGCUUCACCUCCAGGGCCAAACUCCUCACUCUCAUCCUCAGGAAUAACGAGCUGGAAACCAUCAAUGGUGUGGAGCAGCUGUGUUCUCUACAGCACCUGGAUCUGGCCUACAACCUUUUGAUGGAGCACUCUCAACUGGCUCCUCUGUCUCUGCUGCACUGCCUCAACACGCUGACUCUGGAGGGGAACCCCCUGUUCUUCCAGAGAGGACACCGGGCCAGCACCAUCCGCCAUCUCUCUCCCAAAGCUGCCUACCUCAGGCUCAAACUGGAUGGCACCCCACUCUCCUCUUCUGAGCUAUCAGUUCUUCCCAAACCGGGACAGAUGAUAAUGACCCAGGCCCAGGGUUUACCCCCGGUUGUCAUGGCAGCAGAACGUGGUAACCAGGAAAUAUCGAGCGGAGGCGGGGAGUUGAGUGACAGCCUAUCGGUUGGUGAGGUUGGAGUGACCAGACUUCGCAAGAAGAAAGCCAAAAGCAAAGUUAGAGUGAGGAGAGCUAGCAUAUCCGAACCGAGUGACACGGACUACGAACCGAGAAGACAGUCGUCUGCACAAGACAUGCAGCUCCCUCACCAGAAGGAGAUUGAGCGCAUGGAUAGUUUCAGGGAGCAGCUGGGGGAGGAGUGGCUGCGCUACCAGCACCACCUGGAGGAGGCGCCACCCACCACCACCAGCUCUGCCACCCCGGACCAACCCGGCACACCUGCUCCCCUGGUCCAGCAACUGACCAACGGUCUCCAUGCAACCCCCUCCCAGCCCACCCCCGCGCCCUUUCGACAGCCCUCGCCCCUCACGGAGCUCCCACAGGUCCUGCCCCCGCCCCUGCUCUCGUCCGAACCCAGAGAGGAGGCCUCGGGGGCGGACGCAGAGCUGGAGACGGAGUCCACCCUCCAAUGGUCCGGUCACAGCCUCGGACACACCGAGUCCCCCCUGGACAGCAGCCUGGUGGAGGGUCUGGGGUCGUCGACGAUGGAGGGAGGAAGUGGGGACGUGUGUGAGGAGGAAGAGGAGGAGCUAGGAGUGGACCUCUGCCCCCCCCUGCUGGUGGGAGUGCUGUCCGAGGGGGAGGAGAGGGGGGGAAGGGGGGGGAGGGAGGGGUCUCAUCCCGUGUUCCUGCGGGUCAAGCAGGGCCUGCUCCUGGAGGUGGACAUGCACCGAGGUCAGGAGAGAGCCCGCCUGGAGCUGGACUGUCUGGGAAAGGUCACAACCUCGGAAGCCCGCUGGACGGAAGGGGAGGUGGAGAAGGUUCUGCCCUCCCUGGAGCUCUUCUUCCGCUACAUCAGCAGAGAGAGGAGGAGGAGACGCUACGUCAUGCUGGACGACCACCCUCAGCAGGCUCUGGAGGCACUCAGCGAUGUCCUAUCACGGGUUUCCGAAGAGAACGAGAGGCGUGUCUCCGAGGGUCGACCCGGCCGUGUCCGCCUGCAGUGUCUCCGCUGCGGGUCAGAGUUCAGCCUGGGCAGGGAGGAGGAGAAGGGAGGGAGAGGAGGGAGAGGACGAGGGAGAGGAGCCCUGCAUGAAGGAGGGGAUCACCUGGAGGAGGAAGAGAAGGAGGAAGAACAGAGACUUGAGGGAACUGCAGCUUCACCAGGAAGUGGAACCGUCUGUCCGGAGUGUACCAGUGAUCAUGUGGUUCAGCUGACUGGACAAUCAGCUCCGUCCACCAGCACGCCUGUCCAAUCAGAGCAGGACACCACCGUGCGAAACUUCACCUUUGACCAAGUUGAUACGCCGCAACAUGGUUACCGUGGCAGCAAGGAUCUCAGCUCAGAUGACACCUCCUCUGCCAGGGCUAGCCCUCUCCUGGACCCCCCCUCCACCUCCAUAGAGGACCCCAGCGCCUCCUUCGUCACGGCCGAGGAAAGCAGCUUCUUCAGCGGGGAGGGAGUCAGGGACACCUGGGGGGACCGGAGCCUCUCUAAACCUGUCAGCUUCUACAGCACAGGCGACCAGAGUAGAGAGGAGCUAGCAGGGAGCUACCAGUACUCUGCUACCCCUCCAGCUGGAGCCCUUACCCCGACCCAGGACCACAACCACACCAGCAAGCCACACGCAACCAGUCCCGGCCAUUUAGACCUGCUGUCUGAGGACUACGAGGCAGUGGACCAUCGGCUGAAGCUCUUCCUAGACGUGGAGGUGUUUGAGGAAGAAGAGGAACUCCACUCCUUCCUCAAGAUGACCACGGUGAAGUUUGGUGAUCCUGAAGAGUUCCCCUCUCUCCUAGUGGUGUCCAACCAGCGCAUCUACUUCCUCGAGAUGACAUCACUGAUGCAAGGGCAGCCGCCAACUGAUUGGCUGCAGAAGAGGGAGAGCCAUCCAAUCACAGAGCUGAGUUACCUGGAGGUGGGGCUUGGCUCCCAGAGCAUCCACAUGGAGUUUGAGGAAGGGGGCGUGGCCUACACGCUGCUUAUCCGUGACAGUGCGCGUUGCAAACGCUUCUUUGGUCUUCUCACAGGUGUGGUCCGGGAGCUGGCCUCCAAAUCCAUCAGCAAGCUCAAGUCCAUCUCCACCACCAGACUCACCACCCAGCAUCACCUCUGGUCUCUGGUGUGUGAGGACAUGCAAACGGAUGUGGAGGAAGGCCAGCUUCAGUUCUUCUAUCUCCUGGCAUAUCUCCAUCAAGAAGACAGUGUGAGCCCCCUAACUGUUUUGGCAACAAGAGAAACCCUGUACCUUCUCAACGAAGAUCACCAGUGGAGCAAAAGCUUGCCCAAUCCCUUGGCCAAUGAAAAUGGAGAGCCCUGCAGUGGGCGGGUCACUGUCCAGGAGACCCAGCCAAUCAGCUGCGUCAGCUCGGUCCUCUUGUGGUCAUGUGACCCCUGCAAAGUGGACAUUCAGCUGUACGAUGAGAUCUUGAAGCAGGAGAAGACAUGGCGUCUGAGCUCGGAAAGCCCAGAGCAGAUCCAGGGUUUGCUGGUCUGGGUACGAGCCCAGUGGGAAACCAUGUUUGGAGUCAAACUCACCACCAGCCUGCAGGGACCUACCUGAAGUUUGUGUGCGUACUUUCAAUGCCCUCCCUGCUAUCUUUCUGUCCAUGGACACUGUCCCUGAAUUUAUCUUUAGUUCUUCAAUUUAAGACAUGCGCUAGCUCUUCAAGUUGUCUGUUUUGGGCAGACGAGGACAGAAAAAACCCAAGAACAAAAGUACUGAUUCCUGAUCUGUUAUGUUUCUACUCUGAACGCCGUCCACGAAGAAAGUGCCUUCUCCUUUUGCUGCUCCUCACACAUUAUAAUUGUCUUAUUUAACGGAUGUUGUUCGACUAGUCUAAUGUUUUAUUGGUAAAAUGUUAUUUUGGUCUAAUGCCCCCGUGGACUAAUGCUCCGUUAGUAUAAUGUCCUACAGCACCUAGAGCUGUCUUGUGUUGGAGUGUGUUUGUUAUUUGAGCAGCAAGCGUGGGCUAGAGGUGUGUGUGUGUGUGUGCGCGCGUGUGUGUGAGAGAGAGAGAGUGUGUGUAAAAGAUCUGCGCCCAUUCCUCAGCCAGUCAGACCCAACAGACUGUGACCUCAUCCGCAGUGUGUGCAGCCAGUUGUGACAUCACGCGCUCGGCGCGAGCCGUCCAAUGAGGCGAACCGGGGGGGUGUCUGACAGGGGGGGCUUCUUCUUCUCUUUAAUCAAGGUCUCUUCUGUGCACUGUGAGUUAAAGCAAACAAAAUGGGUCUUUAUACUUUCUGUGUCUGGUCUUUAAAACUUCAGUUUUCAAACUCUGCUAAGUGUCCCUGAUAGGAUACACAGUAUUGUGAUUCAUUUUUUUUACUUGGCGAAACAACUGGUUGUGAGUGGAUAAUCAAGAUAAACAUAGGGUGCAGAGAGCUGCAACCCUACCACAGCUGCCUGACAUUAGACUGUCCUUUUGUGUUUAGGUGGACAUCAGAUUUGGGUUGGAACUGCUGAUUGUUAAAUGUUUCUUGGGCCAUGGAGGGUGGAAGGUGAUGGGGUCCAUUUCAAUUGGACCUAGACAUGCAGCACAGGGGAAAAAGCCUAAUUUAGAAUUAAAUAACUGUUACUGGAUGUAGCAUUUUGAUUGACUCAACUUGUUUUACUGAGGGAAAUGUUUAAUUUAUCUGUCAGCUAAAACUGGUAUUGUACCAGUUACAGUUCAUAUACUGGAGUACAGUACUGUAUACAUUGAGUCCUGUGUAAUCAUGUCCCUCUGAAAUUACUCCUUCCAUUGUUUAAAUGUUAAAUGAAUUCACUUGUUGUUAAAAGUCAAUUUUGACAGAUGUAACUUUAUUUAUUGACUGUUAGUACAGUAAUCAUAUUGGGAAAUAAACAUGAUUUUAUUGUUGCUUUUUUAUGAAUAAAAAUAUACAUAUCUGCCA